UGGAUGGACGACCUGGAUGGACGACCUGGAUGGACUACCUGGAUGGACUACCUGGAUGGACUACCUGGAUGGACGACCUGGAUGGACGACCUGGAUGGACUACCUGGAUGGACGACCUGGAUGGACUACCUGGAUGGACUACCUGGAUGGACUACCUGGACGGACUACCUGGACGGACUACCUGGACGGACUACCUGGAUGGACUACCUGGACGGACUACCUGGAUGGACUACCUGGAUGGACUACCUGUUUUUCAUUGUGUUUCCUAAUGAACACGAGCCACUUGUGUGCUGUAAGAUCUUGUGACUGUUGUGACAGUAGUAACACAGGGGCCCAAACAGUGGCUGGGACACAACAACACAUCACAGCCUCCCAUGGCACACUAGGGCACUCUGACACUGGGACCGACAGACACACUGUGCGACGGGCGCCAUGUCAGUGUUUACCAUAACCCAGAACUACAUGGCUUAACUCAAACAAUAGAGCCUCACACACUGUGGUCUGUCAGGGACAAAGGAGCACAUAUAUAGUAGGCUAUAAACUCUCUAUCACAGAGAGAGAGAGGUGAGAUCUCACAACACAAGGGUCCCCCGGUCUUCACCCAGGAUGAACGAUACAAGAUGGUGAGAGCCAUCAAGUGGGUGGAUGAGAUAGUGGAGGGAGCGCCCUACGUCACCACGCUGGAGACCCUGGACAAGUACACCAGUGACUUCUGUGUGCACGGAGAUGACAUCACACUAACAGUGGAUGGGAAGGACACAUAUGAAGAGGUGAAGAGGUCAGGGAGGUACAGGGAGUGCAAGCGAACCCAGGGAGUUUCUACCACAGACCUGGUCGGUCGCAUGCUACUGAUGACCAAAGCCCACCACAGCAACAUAGGCCAUUCAGACUAUCAACAGCACACAGACAACUUUGGCAAGGGUCCUAAGGGCCACAGUCCGUGGACGGGGGUGUCCCAGUUCCUCCAGACGUCCCAGAAGAUUAUCCAGUUUGCCUCAGGACAGGAGCCUCAGCCUGGGGACACCAUCAUCUAUGUGGCUGGAGCCUUCGACCUCUUCCAUAUUGGCCAUGUGGACUUCCUGGAGGCGGUUUCCAGGCUUUCAGACAAGCCAUAUGUUAUAGUGGGGUUACACUUUGACCAGGAGGUGAAUCGCUACAAAGGGAAGAAUUACCCCAUUAUGAACGUCCAUGAGAGAACACUCAGUGUGCUGGCCUGUCGGUAUGUCUCUGAGGUGGUGAUUGGUGCGCCUUAUGCAGUCACGAGAGAGUUACUAGACCACUUCAAGGUGGACCUUGUGUGUCAUGGGAAGACAGAGGUGCAUCCUGACAAAGACGGGUCGGACCCCUAUGCUGAGCCCAGGAAGAAAGGAAUACUGCACACUGUGGACAGUAUGAACAGCCUCACCACUGAUAGUAUUGUUCAGAGGAUCAUCAAAAACAGGCUGCUGUUCGAGGCCAGGAACCAGAAGAAAGAGGCCAAAGAGAUGGCUCUGAUCCAGGCCAUGAAGAGAAGAGAGGAGGAGAAGGGCAAGGAGAGGGCCCAGGCUGUGCUCUAGGACGACAGGCCCGAAGGAGCACUCCCACCACGAGGAACCAUUGACCACCCUUAGGGUCAAUCUGAGACGGACUAAACCUAAUACAUCUAACCCCCACCACCAAUGCAGCGCAGUCAAUCCACCUCAUCUGGGUUCCAACUCCCAACCAACACCCUCCAGGUCACACAGUCUCCUUACCGACAGCCAGACAGCGAGCCUUUGUUUUCAACAUGCAGUAUUCUUACAAUGGGAGUUCUGUUGUAGGUUCCACAUGGUAACAUGUUAGGUGAGGCUGUUUCUUUGUCUUAAUAUCUUAAUACAGGCUGUAUGCAUUUACAUGUUCUUUAUUUCUUAUGGUUUGACAAACCACCUUAACAGUAUAGACCUCUCACUGUCUCCCUUCCUCACUGAGUUAGAACCAGACAGGGAACCAGAAGGCCCAACAUAGUCACUGAGUUAUAACCAGUCAGAGAACCAGAAGGCCCAACAUAGUCACUGAGUUAUAACCAGUCAGGGAACCAGAAGUCACUGGGUUAUAGCCAGCCAGACAGGGAACCAGAAGUCCCAGCCUAGUCUUGUGGAACCAGACAGGUGUGUCUCUAAAUAAAUCUGUCUGUGCAAGUUAACGCCAGACUAAUAUUUGUUUUCUAAAUAAUUAUCAUAACGUAAGUUAUUUUUCUUGGGAUUGAUUGAGCUUUAUUUAAACAGGAGAAUUAUGAAUGAUUCAUUUCUGUGAGAAAUAGUGUGGUUAGGUUGAAGUCUGUCAGGCGAGGCUUGGGCUUGUUGCUUUGGAGAUCCAUCAAACCACCUCUGCUGCUCCUCGCACAGCGAUUGUUGAACAACCAACACAUUGGAUGCAUCCAAAAUGGCACCGUUUUUCCUAAAUAGUGUUUAACAUGGACCUGAUGGUCAACAGUAAUGCAUUAAAUAGGGAAUAGGGCUUCAUUUCAGAUGCAGCCGUUGUCAUUCUCCAAGGGACUGUUGCUGCUGUCAUCGUGGCAAUAGGCUGAUCCCCUCACAACUUACAGUCCUAUCUUAUCUAUCUCUGUAUAUAUGUACUGUAUGUAUGUAUUAUACAUUAAUAUUAACCAGAAGAACUCUCUGGAAGAUGUUGAAACCACUAGAGGUGUUCAGGGGUGGGUUUGAAAAUGUACCAUCUCUGUGAGAGCCUAUUGGUCGAUUUUACCUUGGGAAAAGCUGAGGUCAUUAAUGAUUCAAGCUUUCUAUCAGAGACUACCCUCAGCUUUCGGACAGUUUUAAUCAGUUUCUAGAAGAGAAACGGAAUUGAAUAUUACACUCUUAGAAAAAAGGGUUCCAAAAGGCUUAUUUGGCUGUGCCCAUAGGAGAACCCUUUUGGGUUCCAAGUAGAACCCUUUUUGGUUCCAUUUUGAAUCCAGGUAGAACCGUUUUGGCAACCCAAAAAGUUUCUACCUGGAACCAAAAAGGGUACUUCAAAGGGUUAUCCUAUGGGGACAGCUGAAGAACCCUUUUCGGUUCUAUAUAGCACCUUUUGUGUAGAUGGGCCAACCUAUGGGACCUCAUGUAGAUAAUAUUACCAGAACGUACUGACUGGAAAGCCUUGGAACUGUUCUAUGUUAUAGAAUGAAUCUAUAAUAUAGAUAGAAUGGUUCUCCACUACAACAAAUGCAAACUAUUAUUCCAGGACCCAUUGUCCAACCUUUGAGCGCAGUUCUUGUUUUAACCACAGCAGGUCCCUCUUCCUCUGUAAAAGACACGACUUAUCCUUGUACAUUCUGGUAGAGCACUGAACUGAGUUUUAACCAGAUGCUUUUAAUGGCAAAUUAUUUUAAACGAUAGGAGAUUAUGAAAUAUGUACGGUGCUGUUAACUUAGAUAAACUAAUGACCUUUUACUGUCAUACGAUCAAAAGUCUUAAUCAAACCUCUGGAGAAGAAAUCACCAUUUCAAAACGUUAAUCGGAUGAAAUACUAUAUUUUUCAUAAAUGUAUAUUUUUCAGUCAGACCACCUCGACAUAAACUCUGGUUGGUUUCAUAUGUUUUAAAAGCAUAUAAAAUAUUGUCUGUCUAUAAAGUUGGAAUGUAUUCAAUGUACUGUAUAGGCUACAGUGAUCUCCUAUGUAUGUUAUUGACAACUCUGAUCUCCUAAAUGACAAACGCUGUGGAAUUUGGUACAGUAUAUUAUCAUUGUCAAUAAUAACAACUCCAUCUAACAAA